AUGGCCGGCCAAAUAAUCAUCGUUUCCGGGUUGAACCCGGUGGCCAUUCUUCAGUCCACAAUUGGCGGCGGAGCUUCUCCUACAGCGGCGGCGGCGGCGGAAAACGUCACCAGAAAAGUCAUCCCUCUUUCAAGAGAUGCCUUACAAGAUUUCAUGUUAUCAAUCAUAACCCAAAAAUUACAAGAUGAGAAACAACCUUUUUACGUGUUAGAUUUGGGUGAGGCUGUUUCUCUUAUGGACCAAUGGAAAUCUGCUCUCCCAAAUAUCCGUCCAUUUUACGCUAUUAAAUGUAACCCUGAACGGUCGUUCCUUUCAAUUUUAUCUGUUAUGGGCUCAAAUUUUGAUUGUGCUAGCCGAGCUGAAAUUGAGUAUGUUUUAUCUCUUGGCAUUUCACCUGACCGUAUUGUUUUCUUAAAUCCAUGCAAACUGGAAUCCGAUAUUAUUUUUGCAGCAAAAGUUGGGGUGAAUCUUACAACAUAUGAUUCAGAAGACGAGGUUUACAAGAUCUGA